AGGUGGAUGGAAAAGUCAUUCCGGAGUCCUGCUACAUAUUCCCUUCAUUAAUUUCCUUAUUUGGCUACCUGUUUUGAAAAAAGUGAAUCUGACUCAGCUACUCGCCUUUUCAUUAUUUACACCUUCUGAAGUGCACUUGCGGCCAACAGUUGAGGACAGAAAAGGUGAAACGCCAACUUUUCAUCAGUGACACUGGUCACGUUGCGGGAGAUAUGUAUCUAACAAAUGGACCAGAAAGGCCAAUAUCAGGCUUGGAGGUUUGAAGAAACACCGUCUAGAGAUACGCUCAGCGGUGGUUGGCGUGAGUCAGACCACGUGACGGGGCCCUAGUGAGUCUGCGCGCAAGCCCUCCUGUCCUACCCACCUGGAGUGUGCACGCAGGCACACAAGUACCACCGUUGGAGGCCCGAGCGGCCCAAAGGAGGAGCCUGAGGGCCAGCUGGGUCCUGGGCUCCUUGUUACCUAAGUAAUGACCUCUGGGCAGGAUCUUGGGACCCGGCGCUGAGAGCGCCGCCAGCUGAGAUCUGCCUCUUGAGCCAGGCCUGCGCAGAGACACCCCUAAGCCUGGGCCUGGACCUGAGAGUGUGACACCCAAUCGAUCCUGAAGACCUUCGACAAGUGAAAUGAAGGAAGUUUGCUAAUAAAGAUAUCACCAAAGAUUAGAGACGUGAUCAUCUAGAGGAAAUGCUAGUAGUAUGGCUCAAUGUUCAAAACUAUCUACAGCAGAUACACUUGUAUUAGGGGCUAUCCAGAUUUUGAUUGGCAUCUUUCAUAUUUUCAUGUGGUAUUUCCUAUUGAUUAUGUAUGUGGGACAGAUUAAAGGAGUCUUUGGGACCUAUGAACCUCUAACUUACAAAACAGGAUGUCCUUUAUGGGGAAUUAUUUUUAUCAUUUCAGGAAUCUUCUUAAUUAAAACAGCAAGGCAUCCAGCUCCAUUACUGGUUGCAUGUGCUUUGACCUUGCACAUCUUGUGCAUAAUUGUUUCGAUCGUUGCAAUAGCGUUGACUAUAUUAGAGUUGUCUAGGUUUGAUUCUGUGUCAUAUAGGAACUAUGGACAAGCGAAACUUGGGAGGGAAGUUUCUCGGAUUUUGCUGUCCUCCUAUUCCUUAGAAACAGCUAUUGCAUUCACAUACUGCAUCUUUGGCUGUAUUAGUUUGGUUCCAUUUUGCAGAAGUUUACCUGAGUGAGUCGGACUGUGAAGACCAGCAGUCUCACUACUGGAGAGGGCUGAUUUUAUUUGUAGGAAAGCACAGAAAUUUCCAUGACCAGAAGUGUCUUUAUAACAGUAAAGAUCGCAGUGGCAAACAAUUUGGAAAAGCCAAUAUAACAUCUAGCUUAGUUGAAAUCACAAUACAUGUUAGGACAAGAAGUUGACUGGCAACUGGUUAGAAACUUAAAAGGAGAUUCUGAGAACAAGAGAGCCAACGUGGGCCUUGGUGAUAUCCUACUUAUCUCUGUGGUCUGGAAGAUUAUAGAUGUGUCAAGGAAUAUCUGUGCAUGCACUGAAGAGGCUGGACAGGGUCUUAGUAAACUAAUUAUACCUGGAUGAAUAAGAGGCCUUGAAAACACAGAAUAAAAACUGGGACAGAUUUACAAAUAGUUUAAACUUUGAAUAGAUUUCUUAAGCUAUACUUAUUCAUUGACAAAGGGUAGAUCCCACUGCAAGAGAUCUGUACUCCACAAUAUUAGUGUAGGGGAGUCACAAAAGGCAGCAGUAACAAUCCUCCUGGGGGAAGAUGAAGCAAUCAGAACCCAAAGUUGUUACAGUAUAUCCUCUAACAUAUCCAUUCUUAAACAACAAAAAAAUAUAGCAUGCAAAGAAUGAGAAAUAAUGAACCAUACACUUGGGAAAAAGCCACCUUUUGUGGGGGAAGGAGACAAAUGUUGAAAUGUUGAAAUGUUUGAAAGACUUCAAAGACUAAAGGAAAAUGUGUUUAAAGAAUGGAUGAUAAUAACUCAUCAAAUAAAAUUAUCAAUGUCUAUUAUCUUGAUUGUGGUGAUGGUAUCACACUGUUUGCAUAUGUCUGAAUUUAUCAAAUUAUACACCUUAAAUAUGUGCAGUUCUUUGUGUAUCAAUUACAUCUCAAUUAAUCUGUUUAAUUUUUAAAAUAAAAUAUAAGUAAA